AUGCGGUUCUCUGUUCAAAAGGGCGCUUGGCUGGCCGCUGGCCUGAUACUUCCAGCCAUUGUUGCUCAGGAUUCUAGUCCUGGCGGCUCGGUCCACCCAGGUCAGCCCGAGAACUGCAACGGAUGGCAUACUGUGGUUUUGAACGACAACUGCCAGAGCGUGUCUCAACGUUACGGCAUCUCUUUGGAGCAGUUCCUCUCAUGGAACCCUGCCGUAUCCUCAGACUGCCUCACCAACUUCUGGCUCUCUUCAGCCUACUGCGUGAGGGUAGGACAAAUCAGCUCGGUGCGGACUACCACCACUACAUCCACGUCCAGAAGCGUCUCUUCCGCUUCCAGAGUCACAUCUCAGUCCAUCACCAGCUCGGCCUCUAGAACGUCGACAUCCUCGUACGCCUCAAGCUCCUCGUACAACUCGACCUACUCGAAUUUGCACCCCGUCACCUCAUGGAACGUAUCGGCAACAAGUACUGAUGGGACGUGGCCACCUACCAAGACGCUCGCAGGCCAGACGGCGAUCUGCAAUGCGUGGCAUCGUGUGAUACCUGGCGACACCUGUCAGCGGAUGUUAGACAGAUUCGGUCUCCGGUCUAUUGACGUGUUCCUGAGCUGGAAUCCGGCCGCCGAGGAGGACUGUGACAUGCUCAUCGCCGACUACUGGGUCUGCGUUGGCGUCCAGCGACAAGUAGGCAAUACGGAUCUCGAGUGGGAGACGGCUCAACCCGAGUUCACUGCGCCUCCCGAACCCACAGAAUACACUUCCAUCAAGUUGCCCACGGCCGACUCAAGCUUCACGCCGACGCCCUCUCAUGGUCCCAUGCCCUCAAACUGCAAGGUGUUCCACCAGGCUUCAGCAGAUCAGAACUGCAACGACCUCGUCAGCUUGUACGGCUACUUCUCACAAGAACAGUUCUUUGCUUGGAACCCAGCUCUCGGUGGCAAUUGCCUGGGCCUCUGGCUUGACACGUGGUAUUGCGUUGGUGCCUACUCUGACAGCGACCUCCCACUGCCCGCGCACCAGACGACCAAGCCGACUGAGGGACACAUUCCGUCGGGCUACCCCAACGAUUGCGCGCGUUGGUACCAGACGACCGGUGAUGAGACAUGCGAUCUGAUUGCGACCAUGUUCGGCAGCUUCAGUGUGGCUGACCUCGUGCAAUGGAACCCGUCAGUCUUUGGUGAUUGCAGCGGCAUCGUCUCGGGGGCGUGGUACUGCGUAGGUCGCCCAGGCACCCCUACGACCCGUACGCCUGGCGCACCAUCAGCAACGCAGCAGGUACCAAGCACACGUCCCACUCAAUCAGGCAUCGUUACAGCAUGUACCGACUUUUGGCUUGUGAGUACCGAAGAUACCUGCGACAGUAUCGUGCGACAGGCUGGCAUAUCGCUCGACGACUUUCAUAGCUGGAACCGAGGUGUCACCUUAGGCUCCUGCGCAGGCCUCACGGCGGACUACUACGUCUGCGUUGGCGUUGACGGUCAGGGAGGCGGUGGCCAGACGUCGACUGUGAUCAGUACAACCCAGACGGCCACAACUACCCGACCCGUUACAACGACAACGGCUGCACCGACACCGGUGCAGACGCCUUCGCCUAUCCGCGAGGGCAUGACACAGGAUUGCGUACGAUUUUAUCUGCAACAGCCUGGCGAUCUUUGCUGGUCAAUGGCGUCCGGUGCCGGCAUCUCCUUGGAGUGA